AUGAACUCAUCAUCAAGCAGUCAACUGCUUCAGAAACUCUAAAAUCUAUACUCGAGCAACAACAAAAUAAGUGAACAUUCAGUCUCUCCUUUGUAACCAAAACAGUUUGCCUGUAGAGAAUUCAACUAAUUACUUGAGAAAUCAUCCCCUAUGCCUUAUUUGCAAGUUAAAUAAUUGGAUGUUGAACAAUGGACAGAAAGACUGCUUAAGCCAAGUGAUAAGGCUUCGUGCUCUUCAUUUACUCAAAAUGAGAAUGUGUUUGACAUCCAUCUCCAAAAAUAUUCCUAAAUUUCAAGCAUUUCCACAUCAACUUUCCCUGUGUUAGUAUAAAUUGAGAAGAAGGUCAAAUUAUUGAAAUAUGCUAAAGAGAAUGAUCAUAAUACGUGUGCAGCCAUAAUUGCUAAAAUGAAGCUUUUCUGUUUAGAUAAUGCACAAACGUGUUAUGACUUUUAUAGAAGUACAGAUCUGAUCUUACUGAAGUAUAUGAUCUUUCUCUUAAUACAAGAACUAAAUUAACGACCUAAACUUGAGAGAUAAGAAAAUAGUCAUGAUUAAACAUCUUAAUUCUCAUCUAUGGUUAAAGAUAUCGUUAAUAUAGUGUCUGAAAUCAUAGAAGAAGUGAAAUCUAAAUCAUUCUCAGGAUCACAAAUAGAUGUGUUGAAUAAACAAUUAGCCAAAAUAUAAAACAAGUUCAAACCUGAUCCCAACAGUACACAAAAGUCUUUUAAUAAAUCACAUCAUCAUCGAAUUAGUAGCUGCAAUUUCGAGACCUGCAAAACCCCCAUUUCAAAUAAAAAGAGCAAUAAAGACUCCUACAUUAGCAGUGAUAAAUUUAAGUCGGCAUAAUAGCCUAAUAAUGGAUCUGGCUCCUAAAAGAUCAUUUAGUUUUAGAUGGACGAAUUGGAAUAGAAAAAGUAACUUAUAAGCAAAUUAAAUGAACAAAUCUCUAAAUUACAGAAUACAAAUUAAUAAUAUUAGACGUAACUUUAAGAUCUAAAUGGGUAAAUUACGUCUAUAAAGCAUGAGCUGAAAUUAAAAGAUGAAGAAAUUGAAAACCUAUCCUAAUCUUUGGAGACUUUAAAUUAGAAUGAUAUAAUCCAUCAAGAAGAAAAGGAAUAAUACAAUACUCUAUUUCGUGAAUACGAAGAUGAAAAUGCUUAAUUGAAAUCGAGUUUGGAACAUUUCUAAAAUACACUUGAGUUAUGUUAACAACAAUUUGAGAAUUAAAAACAAGAGACAUUCGCUUAUUAUUAAGCCUAAUGCAAUUAAAUUUAAUAAAAUAAGGAGAAAGAACUUAAUCAUCUAAAACAUGAAUUAAAUGAAAAUUAAGCUAUUAUUAAUCAUUUACUAGGAGAUGCUCUGUACUUUGGCAAAUAGUACAAAAGUCUUGUGGAUAAAAUAGAUAAUUUGAACCCCGAGUCUAUCGCCAUCGACUUAAAUCAACUUUAAAAGGAAUUAUUCUAUUCUGAAAACGCUCUCAAUGCUAAACUAAAUGCCAUAUCUAAUUUUUCAGACAAUUUAUUAUUUAAUGCUGGGUAAGAAUAUUUGUCUCAAAGUCUACCCUAGCAUUAAAUGAUAAAUCCUUAGGGAAUACCUAAAUCUAAUAUGCAAUAACAGAACAUCAGCAAAGCACAAAAAAAGCAAUUUGAAAUUAUGGAAAUGCUUCUGAUUCAGAGUCAAGUGUUAGAGAAGUUUUUAAUCUGA